AAUAAAACAAUUAAAUCAAAACCAUAACAACUGAACCUAACACAUCCAUAAAAGUGUAGAAAAAGUUAAUAGUCUUGAAACGAAAGUAGAAAAAGAAGAAGAAAAAAUACAACUACGAUUUUUUUUUACUCUAUCUUGUUAUUGUGCAUACUUUUCUCAAUGCACAACAAUAAAACUGUGUGUAUGUCAAGCAUACAAAUGGUCACAAGUGCAAGUCAAACAAAAUAAAAACAUCCUUUGUUUUAAAAAUCGUAAAUUUGAAACAAUUUCAAAAGUAAUACAAUUGGUCUCCUCGUGAAUAAAUGUUAGAUGAUAUUAGAGGGGCACUUAUGUACAUUUGGGACAAAUAUUAACAACCGAAAGUCGGACUAAUGGCCAAUUUGUGAUUGGUUGCUAUCAAAUAAACUUUAUGCCUAAACGCAAACGUUGUUUUUCUCGAGAUAUUCAAGCGAGAAGUAGAUUUUUAGUCUUAUAUGCGCUACUAAAUAAGAGAAUGGAUUCUGUAAUAUUUCUACGUAAACCCGGGCGAAAACUCGUCAGCCAAUAAUGUUUCCUACUUGUAUUCUGUGUCACUAACUUUAAAAACAACAACUGCAAAGAAUUCGGAUGAACACAAUCAUCCCUCUUCUUCUUACAGACAAAGAAAGGCAAGAAGGGGGCAACAUAAAUAAACCGAAAAUUAAAGUAGAUCGAAACUGAAAAUGUUCUCAGUCAAGGGCAACUUUUCUAUGUUACAAUGAGAAUUCGGAUGUGCUCUCGAAUAUAAUUGUUAUUUAUAAAUACAUCUACGCUAUGACCAGCGCCACCAGUACCCAGCUAAAAACAAUGACACAUAUCCAUGCAACAUCUCCAACGUCGUCGACAUCGGUUUCAACCAUUGGCACUCCCACACGUACAUUGAUUUCGAAUGCUUCUGCAACACUACCCGUUAAUGACUUGGAUGUUAUACAAGAUAUGAUUGACUGUUCGGCGGAUCGUUUGGAAGGACUAAGAACUCAAUGCGUAACUAGUGCUACAUUAACACAAAGAGAAAUACGUAGCUUAGAAACGAAACUAUUACGUAUGUUUUCUGAACUCCUAUUGACGAAAAGCCGUUUGAAUGAGCGGUUGCCAGCUAGUGGGUUGCCGCACACUUCGGGCAAUGAAUUGAAACAAUGGCUACGUGUUGUUGGUCUGUCUCAGGAUUCUUUAGAUGUUUGUCUAACGCGCCUUUCCACUCUGGAACAACUUCUGGAGUUAAAUGAUCAGGAAUUGAAGGAAUUGUUACAACAUAAUCGACAAUAUAGGGAAGAAGAAGUACGGCGUCUUACGAAAGCUAUGGAAAAUUUGCGUAAAUGUAAAGACAUGCUUAGUGUGACCAGCGAUAAUGACAACACACAUGACAAAUUAACAACAGCUGCUAUAAAAACUAUUAUUGAUGUUUCGGAAAAAUCUGCCGGUAAUAAUACCAAAGAAAGUCGCGAACAAUUUAUAGAACAAUUAUUUUGGGAUUCUUGGGAUCACCGUCAUCAUCACCAUCGUGGUAGCGUAGGUAACAUUGGAGUGAAUGCUUCACCUCGCGCUCAACGUUUGAUUGUUAAGCAGGUUGCUAAACAACAGCAACAGUUCCAACAACAUAAACAGAGUAUGUCUACUAGUCGACAAUCACCGUCAAACGAUAGCUUUAGUUGUAAAUCAAAUGCUGCAGAAGAUUCAUCCAAUACUCAAGGAUCAUCUUUGACUUUGGCGCUGACACCCUCACCUCCUAACUCACCUUUCACACCAACUAGUAUUUCGGCGAGCUUUAGCAAUAUUUUAAGUGGUAGUGGUGGAGGUAGUUUGAACGGCACCCCUUUAAAGGGCCGAGUAACAACCACUCCGCCUCCUUUGAAAAAACUCUUCACUGCUUUAAAUACUAAUCAUCCCUUAACACCUACACAUACAGCGUUAAUACAGCAACAAUCUGGAUGUGUUGAGCAUCAUAUCUCAAUACCACUUUCAAAAUCCAAGUCAAAUGAGUCACAGGCAACUUUGGAGUCUUCUUCGUCAGCUUCUACCAUUAUUAGCUCACCGUCUUCUUGGGCAACCAACAAUAUGAAAUCAUAUCCGGUUAGUGGAUGUAAUACACGCUCACGCCUUAACACUGAUCCUAGCCCUGAUAGUCAUUCUUCGGCUAGUUCCGAGUUAUUUGUGGAAUCAUCCAACAGUAGCAACAACAAUAGUUUACAAGUACCUCUGUCUCCAUGUACUCCUGUCGUCAAUCAUUUAGGUAUGAGCCACAGUAUUGCUCACCGGUUCAAUACAGUUUUCAAAAUGACUUCCACUACCUGCGAUUUGUGCCAGAAGCCUAUGUUUCUGGGACGUAAAUGUAAAGAAUGCAAAUAUCGUUGUCACAAAUUAUGUGAACCUGAUGUACCGCCAUCUUGCUGUCUGCCUCCUGAAUUUAUAGACGAGUUUAAAAAUGCCAUUAAAGACCAGGUGGGCUACCAUUCCACCCUUCAGCGUACGCCGCCCAUUUUAAAUACUCACUCGCCUAAUCAAAGCAGCAGUUACGGUACCAUAGGUAAAGGACGCAUAGGCAUCACAUCAGCAAGACAUCAAAAACAUGGUUGCACGGCUAGCGGAAUGCAUGCAGACAGCAGUUCGCCAGGUUCAAGUUGUAACAGCUCUAGCCCUUCAAGUCCAGCUUUAUUUAAUUUGCAGCAUCAGACCCCCGGAGUAACCGAUGGGCCGUGUACCACAGUAAGUGGCAAUUUAAUGAGCUCCUCGGCAGGUGGUAGUUCUAGCACGAGUUCCAAUGUGCUUUCUACCCCUUCCUCGCAUAAGAAUGCCAACCAAUUUAAUUUUCCCGAUGUUACGAUAACCUCAAACUGUAAUCAUCCAGCUAAUGGAACUACAGAAACUAUACUUUCCUCUGCUGCCCAAAACUCUAAUCACCCUCCUAGUCAAGAAAUUACUGGAAGCAAUAAGGCUUCUUCCUACACGAAUAAUAAUACUUCAGUGUCGAUAACUAUGCCCGGUUCAAUCAGUAUUACUCCUGCUACAAAUAAUAGUGUGAUGAACAGCGGUCCAUCUGGUUUCUUUCAACGCAAACUUAGCUCUGCAGGGAUUGACAAGAGAGGCCCGUUUAUUGAAAUUUCUGAUACCCAUAAAUCUAACGACAGCGACAAAACUGUCUCUUUAUCGGGUAGCACUUCCGCCAGCACUGAUUCCGAUCGCACGCCGGUGCGGCUGGAUUCCACAGAGGACGGCGAUUCGGGAAAUUGGCCUCGACAGAAUUCUUUAUCCCUCAAAGAAUGGGACAUAGAAUAUAGUGACUUACAAAUGUUGGAAAUAAUUGGGCAAGGGCGUUUCGGUACAGUGCAUCGUGCUCUCUGGCAUGGGUCCGUUGCCGUAAAAUUGCUCAAGGAAGACUACCUGGAUGAUGAACACAUGCUAGAAGCUUUCAAAUUGGAGGUGGCUAACUUCAAGAAGACACGUCACGAGAAUUUGGUACUGUUUAUGGGUGCCUGCAUGAAUCCUCCUUAUUUGGCGAUUGUAACCUCUCUAUGCAAGGGUAACACUCUAUAUACUCAUAUACAUGCGCGCCGUGAAAAGUUCGUCAUCAAUAAAACCACUCUCAUAGCACAACAAAUUACUCAGGGAAUGGGUUAUUUGCAUGCUAGAGGUAUUAUACACAAAGAUUUACGGACAAAGAAUAUUUUUCUGGAAAACGGUAAAGUAAUUAUCACAGACUUUGGUUUGUUCAGUUCAACCAAGCUACAAUACAAUGACCGAGGCCUGGGAGUACCUAUCGGUUGGCUGUGCUAUAUUGCACCCGAAUUAAUGCGUUGCCUGAUGCCACGUAAACUGUCUGACGAGAUUCUACCAUUUUCGUCAGCCUCUGACGUCUAUUCAUUUGGGACUGUUUGGUAUGAAUUGCUGUGCGGAGAGUUCCCUUUCAAAUCCCAACCACCGGAAGCUGUUAUAUGGCAAGUAGGUCGUGGCAUGAAACAAACAUUGGCCAACUUGCAAACAUCACGUGAUGUCAAAGAUGUACUUAUGCUAUGCUGGCAUUACACAGCGGAUGAUAGACCUGAUUUCCCAAAAUUGUUAACCAUGUUUGAAAGAUUGCCGAAAAAACGCUUAGCUCGUUCUCCUUCACAUCCUGUACAAUUAUCACGUUCAGCUGAAGCAAUAUUUUAAAAACUUCGCAUAACGCAUUUCGAUGCCUUCAACAAAUUCAAAUUAGUUUAAGAGAGGUAAGGAGUACAACAGAGAAAUUUGUAUCAUCAUCUUAUAAUAGCGUAACCCUGCAAACAUGGGUAGAUAUUUAAAUAUAUGAUAUGAAAAGAGCCUGCAGAGAGAAAGAAAGUAAAGCAUUCCCACUACUCCAAGCAAAAAGGCUGCGUUGAAGCAUAUUUUAGCUACAAAUUUGUAUAACAUUAGACUUAUAUAGAUGUUAGCAUUAAAAACAGACUUUAUGUACACUGAAUAUUGACUACAAUAUGAAUAUAAGUUAAACAAUAUGGGUGAAGCAUCCAUGUAAUGCGUGUAUAUGUACAUUUGUGUAACUAAGAAAAAAUAUAAUUUAAUAAAUAAUUACUCAAGAAGGUAAGAUUACAUCAUGUAGAGCACAUUAGAAUGCAAUUAUCGCAAAAUUAGGAAAAAAUAUAACGACAAAGAAAGAAUAGAAACCUUGAGAAUUGUGACUACUAUCAAUAGCUUGUAAUCAAUAAUUAAAAAAACCUAUAAUGUUAUAAAAUCAUGCACAGUGAAAA